CGAUAGCAUCGUUGCGCCGUCGCAGUCUGAUGGCAGUCAAUUGGGCGAUCGAUUCGAUGAGAAAACAAUUGCCACCGAAGGGAAGACGCAGCAGAUAGCCGCACCAACGAUGGAUUCGCGUGCCGCCAGCCUGAUGCAGCGCGGACAGCAUCCCGUAGGUCACCCCGGUUUGGCUCACCAUUCGACCAUUUCUGGUAUUUCGCGAGAGAAUUCCCAUGUUGGCCAUCCUCCUACAUCAGUCAUGCCUUCAAGCCAAGCCCUGCAUUAUCAUCACCAUCCUCCCCUGCACGCGAAUCCCAGAUCAACACCCCAGGCUCCAAACCACACAUCCAACCAAUCCCUUCUUUCCGCCAUCUCCUCUGCCGUCUCGGUCGAUGGCUCCGCCAUCUCUCCUGCAUCAAGCCGCGCAGGCAGAUCCUCCAGACCUGAUAGUCGGAGUCGCCAGUUGCAGCUCGAGGGAUCCGCCAAAGUGUCGCCUGUCACACCAGUCAUGACUAUUGAGGAAUCAUCGCCUGUCGAAGAGCAAGUUAUUAAACCGCUUGCAAGGCCUGCCUCCAACGACAAUUAUGAUCUCUAUGCUGACGCGGAUGGCGUCGUCAUUGUGGAUGGCAGAGAGAUGCAGAUUCCACUGUCAGCGAGGGGAGAGGGCGUCUCACCGUUACCCUCUGCUCCUCCUUCAGAAAAUGGAGGAGACGAAAGACUUACCACUGCCGAUGCUAAUGAAGAGCCAGCAAUUACCCCGGCUCUGGAAGAGGAGGAGCCGAGAUAUAGCGUCGACCGGCCCAUGAGCUUUAUAAUGGGGCCUAGGGACGAAAGCGGGAGACCUCAAGAUCAGAUCAACAGUGAGAGGUCGGUGUCGAACCAAGCAGUCAACGGUGUUCGGCAGCAGUAUGGUGCGGGAUAUGGCCCGCCCCUACCACCAAGCUUUGCGUCACGCCCAUCACAGGCCAUACCUCCUCAACCACUUGCUCAUCGGCAGUUUUUACCUGGAACCAUGGCACAGAGAGAGGCUGUGAAUGAUCCGAGAAUGAGAGAUCCUCGCCAACAGCACCCCCAAAGCCAGCGAAUGCAGCAAAGGCCUGUCCACGCACAUGAUCCCCGUACGGAGAUGCAGAUGCAGAUACGGCAAGCCAAUCCUCCGAUGCAAAAACCGGCCAUCAGACCACAGCCCGCGCCAGGGAAUCAACACGAUACUCAACCUCAAGCCCAGAGCCAGCAUCACCAAAUCCCCUUUAUACAGGGAACCAGAAUACAUCACUUCGGUACGGCGCCGUCAACCUCCGAAGAAAAGCCCUCCAAGUCCAAAGUAACCUCUCUGUUCAAAGGCCUGGGGAACAAAACCAGUUCGAGCCACUCUCAAGCUUCCCGCAUCCCCGGCUCAGUUCUCGAUGCCCCUGAACUCACCAACCACAAAGCCUCAUUCCUGGCGAGCUCCAACGGUCUACUUCCAGACCAAGAUGCGUUGAAGAAGAAGAACAGAAGGUCUUUUGGGAUUCUGGGUGGUAGACCUGAAAGCGUGGGUAGAGAGUCCCACAUUUCCCAUGCUAGCCAUGUCAGCCACGACAGCAUGAGAGUUCAGGCCACCGAUUCACGGCUUGAUCUGCGCUAUCCGGCAGACCCGUCGCCUUUCCAGGGUAUACCCCCACAGAACCCGCCACCUGUAGAGAAUGCGGAAACUGGAAAAAAGAAGAGAUUCUCUGGGCUGGGGAACAUCUUUGGUCGGGGUUCGAGUGGGAGCUCCGCAGAUCCAUUGAAAAACAAGUUAUUGAAGGAGGACAAGAAGAAUCAGAAGGCCCAGAAACGCAAUACGGCUCCAGCAACGCAGGUACCCUCGCCGCAACAAUGGCCUGGUCAUGCUCAGCAACAGGGUAUGCAAUUUGGACAACCUUCGCUAGCUCGAUCCUACACAGGAACGAACGGAGCGCCACCUCAAGCGAUGUCGCUUUCACCACAGGCUAGGUUGCCCGCUGAAGAGAUCUAUCAAGGACGGCAUGCCAGCAACCCGCUUCCCGUAUAUCCGCCACAACAGCAUCAAAACCCAAGUCAGGCUCAUAAUCAACCGUCUCAUAACUCUGGGUUUAUGACCACCAAACAAAUGGCUCAACAGGCGCGUCUGUCAUUGCGAGCCGCACCUCCAUCUUCCGGACACCCUCCAGUAGGUGUGGCCGAAUAUAGUCAGAGGAAGCCAGAGCACCAACAUCCGCCGACUGGCUACUUUAACCCUGAUAAAAAGCUGCCUUCACUGAAUGAGGGCACCCCAGCGAAUUCCCUUGGUCGCACUCCGCCUCCUCAAGGACAGACUAUGCAUAGCCAGCCCACAGCAUACAAUCGCAGCGUCUCCUCGCCAGUCAUGACGCAUGGUGCUGUGAAUCACGACUUCAACCGCCAAACACCUCCAACAUCCACUGAACCCAAGUAUGAGACUCCUCAGAUACCAGCCGCGUAUAAACACGUUUCCGGGGCGUAUGUUGCGACCGGCUCUGAGCCUGCUGCCGUCGCGGUGCAAUCUCCUGCCACAGACGCUCGAAAUGCCGCACCUUUUCCGACACCACAGCCAGGUAUGGGAGGUCGCCAGUACUCCGACCCUCGCAUGACGCCUAUCUCGCCCCAGAUCUCUCAGAUAUCGGGGCGAUCGCAGAUGCCUGUUGCCCAGCGUACACAUUCCGACAGCAGCGUGUCUGUCGUAUCUCCGAUUACGAGUCCGUCGCCCACAGUGGAGCCCGUACAGAGUCCGCCGACGCAGCGGCUGACACAGCCGCGGAUGGGCAGCAUAACGGAAUCUCCACGCCGUGAACGACCUGGCAAUCUAAAUCUGCCAUUCCGACCAUCGGAUGAGGAAUUUCUUCGCAUGUAUCAGAGACAGCACAUCGAGCAGCAGUUGGCGGCUCAAGAACGACUGUAUACUGAGCGGACUGGCCAAUCUCCUUCACCUCAUUCAUCUCGCCAUACUGCAUCUCCUAGACCUCAUUCCGCCGUCGAGCCGCAGCCUCCGCAACCUGCACCGAGUUCAGUGCAAGGGGGCUUUAGGGAGGUGCUCCCUCGUAACGCUGCCCCGCCGCAUCAGGAAUUGACACAGGUUGUCCAGGAACAGGGGCAACCGCUAUCACAUCCAGCCUCUACUUCUCAACAUCUGCAUCCAGGUCCAGGUCCCUUGGAGCAGGCGUCAACGCCCGCUGUAUAUCCGCCACCGAUGUCGCCAGAUGAUGCACAGAGUCCCUUGAACGUUCCACUCAGUGCCCAUCCGCCGCCUCCUCCACCCAAAAUCCCCCACAGUCCGAUGCAGCCUGUUUUCCAAUCCAGCCCUUCACCUCAUCUUCAAGCGCAGGAACGGAUAGGCCUACAACCCACCUUGGGACCACCCGACCCAUCUCACCAGCAAUUCGCCCACCCUCAGCAAUUCUCCCCCGACUACAGCGAUGCUCCACCCCCAGACGAGCCACCGCCGUAUGACGGGCCGGCCCUCCCACACCCAGGCAUGGACGACAAAUCCGCCGACGCCACCAGCCCCAGCAGCCGCGCGCCGCGACCGCCCAACAUCGUCACCAACGCCCCCACGCUUCCCCGGACUGCACACCCACCUCGUUCUCGCCAACCGUCGCUCGGCAUCCUGCAGCACCCGCAGCCGGCGUCCAUGGCAGCGAGUCCGCAGCGCAGCGCGGCGGACAUGGGAGCUGCGAUGAUGAUGCGGCAGCUCAGUGCGCAGGAGGAGGCGGAGAGGGCGGAACGGGCGAGGAGGGCGGUACAGGAACGUGAAAAGCAGGAAAGGGAGAGGGUGGAGAGGUUGCGGAAUAGGGCGCGGGCGGAGGAGAGUAAUAGUAGUAGUGGAAGGGCUGCGGGACCUGCUGUAGUAGGGACAGGAGCAAGAGAAGCUGUACAUCACGGUGUGGCUAUGUCACCGGGCGGGAUGGGGUGGGAGAGAAGGGGAAGUGUGGCGAAUAGGCAGGUAUUUGAGCUGCCGGCUGAAGAGGACGAUGAGCCGGUCAUGCGAGCGACGAGUUUCCCCGGCAUGGAGUGGGUGCCGACUGUCACGGAGGACUGAGAUGGUCAAGUCUGGACCACAAUUCGCGACGCCGAUGGGAUAGCGACGGAUACCCUCUAUUUCCCUUUCUCUCCUUGUAUAGUUUGUGUUGUCAGUCUGGACUUUUGUCUACACAGCGCUGUUGGAUGCUGGCUGGUUGGGCGUACUGGAUACCCACCUUUUCCUUGGUAUAUGUGAGUGGAUUGCUAGAUGCAGAUAUUUUCGAUAAUAGCUCGAUUAGCUGAAGAGCGGUAUAUGUAUGUAAUCGAGUCUGAUGUACUAGACCGAUCAAGAAUAGGACGGAGAAGUUUACCAGGAUAAACCAGAGAAUGCACGUUACUCGCGUCAGCAUUCACAUCGCUACCUA